UUAACAGGUUAGCAUCUUUACAGGUGAUAUUAAAGGUAGAAGUUAAACCGAAAACUAUUGGUCGACGGCUUUACUUCGAAAACCUGUUUGUUAGAGGAGGCAAAUUGUCGUCAUUUUCUGAUUUUCCACCUCAGGUGUGGACUUUGCCAGAUGAACGAGUUAAGGAUCUGAUGCUAUUAACGUGUUAACAGGUAAAAUGUCAGAAUUUAACCCCGUGGAGAGAAAAUAUGCGGUUCCGAGCACGCUUUCCGAACCCGCCGGGAGGAUGAGGACCACUGAAGACCUCCACGCAUGGAGUAUUUAUAGGCAGAAUUUGAAUUCAGAAUUUACAGAUAGUGCACUCGGUACCGGAGAUAAAAGCCGAAGACCAUUCGGUAAUUUUCAGCUAGAAGAAACUACCGUUCAAACUAUAUUAAACCAUCCAAAAUAUGGUCCUAGAGAAAGAAAAUCGGAACUCGGUUCGAACGCACAAACUUAUCUUCGUUUCGGUCUGCCACGAGUACAUCCUCACCGAUUACACAGAGAUGGUUCUAGCGGAUAUGAUUCUAGCGAAGAUGGUUCUCCUCAGAUGAAUCGGAGAAGAGUACGCAGUGAUCCGGACUUUAGGCAGCAUGUUAUUCAAAAGGACACGCGUUCUACGGUGGAAACUUCUUUUGGACAAUCUGAGAAGAGAUUAAAAGCUAGUAGCGAGGCAGACUUGUUAAAAACUGAUAAGAGUUCUAAAGAUUUAACUGAAAAUCGAGGAGAGAGGAGUUAUGCAGGCUCUCACGCAUCUUUACUCUCACGUGGAUCGGGUCCUGAUGGCAAAUCUGAUGGCAAAACCAAUAUAUUUUACAGCCAGAAUAUAUUAAAUGCCAAAUACUUUCCGAAAGACAAUUUAUAUUCCGCUUCUAGCGAACUUGAAAUAAGUGGACUACGUCAUCCGCAUUUGCAAGUUAGAGAUUUAUAUUAUGAAGAAGACAAAUCUUCCACAUGGCAUACUCUGUGCGGAGGCGCGAGAACGAAGCUCAGACUGCUCGACCGUUUAUCGUUCGAAGUAAAAAGUGGAGAAAUUUUAGCAGUGUUAGCCGCUUCAGAGAGAGAAGGUACAGCAUUAUUAGAUGUACUCGCUAAUCGACAUAGAAAAUGGAGGUGUAGACUUCGAGGAAAUAUCGUUUUAAAUGGAUUGUGUAUGCCACCUUCGAAAUUAGAAAGAUGUGUAGCUUAUGUGCCUAGACAUUUAGAUUUAACACCUGAUACGAGCGUAAGACAAACUCUACUUUUCACGUCAUUGCUUCAGCAAUCUGAUUCUUCUAGGAAUUUUGACACAAAAGGAAGGAUUAACGCCCUUUUGGAAGACCUUGGUCUAGUUGAAGUCAAGCAUACUCGAGUUAAAGACUUAACAGAAUCGGAAAAACGAAGAGUUAGCAUAGCGUGCCAGUUACUACUCGAUACAGAUAUCAUUCUUCUUGACCAAUCAACGAAAGGAAUGGAUAUCUUUGACACUUUCUUCUUGAUUGAAUAUUUGAGACAAUGGGCUGCGAGAGGGCGCAUCGUCAUCAUGACCAUGCACCCACCAACUUAUGAAAUAUUUACUAUGAUAUCUCGAGUGCUUCUCUUGUCUACUGGAAGAGCAUUGUUUUUCGGUUAUAGGAAAGACAUGCUACCUUACUUCUCUUGUAUAGAAUUUCCUUGUCCGGCUUUUAAAAAUCCAUCCGAUUAUUAUCUCGAUCUGGUAACCUUAGACAACCUAUCAGCCGAAGCAAUGUUAGAAUCUAGCCAAAGAAUAGAAAAUUUAGUAGAAAUGUAUCAUCGGAAUCAGGAACCACUUAUGGAUCCUGGACCUCCUGGAAUGCCACCACCCACUGUUAAGAGAGCACAUUUCUUUAUGCAAAUUUUAGCUUUAUGGAUACGUGUUUUAAUUUACAUGUUUCCGUAUAACAUAAUUUACUUCUUCCGAGACGUGUUGUUUGCUGCGCUGAUGUCAGUUUUGGUUGGAGCCAUAUUUUGGAAUGUUAGAUCUUCAUUCCUUCAAGAAAAUGUGUAUGAUAGGUUAGGAUUUUAUUAUGUACUUAUGGGAAUGUGUCUGUGGCCAUUGCUGUUAAAUGUUAUUUCAGGAGUGUGGCAGGAGAAAGUUUUUAUAGACUGCGAUAUCUCCAGAAGACUUUACUGGAAGAUAAGCUAUGUCAUGAGUAAAUUAAUGUACAGUUUUCCCGUAUCUGUGUCAGUAUUUUUGGCGUAUGUAGUUCCUGCUUAUUCGAUGGCAGGUUUGGGAUUCCAGAGCUAUGCCAAUCAUUUCGGUAUUUACAUUGGUUACAUGCUCCUUUACCUCCUCACCAUUCGCAUGAUGGCCAUGGCAAUGACGUGGACUUUCUCAUCUCGUCAUUAUUCCGCCUUUUUCACCGGUGUGCUCUUUUUAAUAAUAAUAAAUUGCGCGGGUUAUGUUGUCCAUUUAAGGAGCCUGUAUGUUAUAUUUUCUUGGUUUCAAUGGGUUUCGCCCGCAAGAUGGAUGAUGGAGCAACUGGCGAUCAACGAGUAUAGCAAUAACAAAACAACUUACGUAUGCCCUAGAAAUCCAGCUGUAGCAAUACCCGGUAUAUCCGAUAUUAGACAAAAAGCUGAUUGUGGAAUUGCCAGAGAUUCAAAUAUGAUAACAUACCUCAAUUAUAACAAAGAUUGGCCAACGUAUCUGCCAAUUGUAGUAACAUUGGUAUUCCAUUUUGUUUUCUUCGUUUUUGGAUUUUUCAUUUACUUAUGCACCUCUCAAAAACCCAAAAUAAAAAAACGCAAUUGAAAGUUUACAAAUUCAAAAUUCGCGAGUGCCAAGUAAAAUUUAAUGUUUAUUUUUAUUACUCAAUAAUGCUAAAUUUUUGUACUUAUCGAAUUAUCCUAUUUAAUGUAAUUAAUGAAAAUAAAUCCCACUAACUUAUUUCUAUGUUGUAUGUAUAAUUAAUCACGGUACAGUGUAAAAGA